AUGGAUUCAGCAAGCUUAUUUAACGUCAAGGACAAAGUGGUUCUUGUCAGCGGAGGGGCAAAGGGUAUAGGCCGCAUGAUAUCUGAGGGAUUCGUUGCAAAUGGUGCGAAAGUAUACAUCUCAUCUAGAGACGCCAAAGCGUGCGAGCAAGCUUGCAAAGAAUUAAAUGCACUUGGCAAAGGAACCGCGCACUCCAUCCCCGCCGACUUCUACAAGCUCGAAGACUGCAAACGGAUGGUUGAUGAACUCAAGAAGAGGGAAUCGAAGCUACACGUACUCGUCAAUAAUUCUGGCUCGAACUGGGGAGCCCCAUAUGACGAAUUCCCCGACGCUGCAUGGAGUCGCGUCCUGACGCUAAAUCUAACCCGUGUCUUCACAAUCACACAAGGCGUUACACCUCUUCUCGAAGCAGCAGCGACAGAUGGCGACCCAGCAAGAAUUAUCAACAUUGGCUCGGUAGACGGGAUCCGUGUCCCUAGCCUCGAGACAUUCAGUUACAGUGCUAGCAAGGCGGGACUACAUCAACUGAGCAGGGUUCUGGCAAAUCAUUUGGGGAAGAGGAAUAUCACUUCCAAUGCGUUGGCUUGUGGGCCCUUUGAGAGCAAGAUGAUGGCUGCUACACUGAAGAACUUCAAAGACACCAUUGUUGCGGGCAUUCCUCUUGGCAGGAUUGGAAGCCCACAGGAUGUCGCGGGGGCGUGCUUGUUUUUGGCAAGCAGAGCAGGUUCAUAUGUUAAUGGUGCUACGAUUGCGCUGGAUGGGGGGAGUUUGGUGGGCUCGAAGCUAUAG